AUGUCCGGAGGGCGCAGCUUGAGCAACGGCAUCCUGAACGUGAAUGCGGAAGAUAAGACCACGGGAAAGACGCAGAAGAUCACCAUCACCAACGAGAAGGGCAGGCUGUCCAAGGAGGAGAUCGAGCGCAUGGUGAAGGAGGCGGAGCAGUUCAAGUCGGAGGACGAGGAGGCCAAGCGGAAGGUGGAGGCCAAAAACUCGUUUGAGAACUACGUGUACAACCUCCGCAACUCUUUAAGGGACCCGAACGUGGGCGGCAAGCUGGACCCGGCUGACAAGGAGCGCCUGGAGAAGGAGAUCGAGGACGCCAUCCAGUGGCUCGACAACAACCAGCUCGCUGACACGGAGGAGUUCGAGGAGAAGCAGCGCGAGCUGGAGAAUGUGGCGAACCCCAUCAUGCAGAAGAUGUACGGCGGCGGGGGUGGCGCGCCGGGGGGCGAAGAUAUGGGGGGAGGGAUGCCCGGGGGAACCACCGGGCCCGGACCCAAGGUGGAGGAAGUCGACUAA